GGAGCUGUAAUCCCGCGCCAAAGGACACCGUUUCACUGGCAUAAACCGCGUGUGCCAAAUGCACGUCUUACAUCGCGCGGGAGGUAUGGCGGCUAAUCAGAGGCUUUGUGAUUCCGUAUGCACGCGACCAAAGACAUAUUGGGGAGUUUUUCAAUGAAUGCGUUUUAUGUUAUUAUAGUUAGACCUUUUCUAAAUACUGUUGGUCUUUUAUAGUCAUCUGCAUUAGCAUGCAUGUGCUGCAGUGCACAAAUGGCUUAAUCUAUCAGCAGGUGUUGUCGCAAACAGGAAUAAGCGAUGAAAUUCAAUUUCAAAAUGCAUGACGGAAUAGACAUAUGCAACUGAUGUAAGAACGCUGAUCGCACUGAUUAGCGUUUGUCAUCAAAUACUCGACGCUGAAUUGUAUGGUAAUAAUUUGAGGUGAUCCACACCCCGUCACUGUUGCAGCAAUGUCCCCUCCAGCAUCCGCUGCGGCAGCACGAGAGAGCAGCACCACCACUGUUUUCGAAGACGACACGGACAGACCCAGAGAGGAGCAGAGGCCUGUGAAGCAAUCCCUGAGCAAGUCCAUGUGCAGAGAGGUGUUCUGGAAAUGCCUGGUGUUGUCCACACUCAUGUAUGGAUGCAUGGGAGCCAUGGUGUGGUGCCACGUCACCAAGGUCACACGGCUGACGUUUGACAGUGCCUAUAAAGGGAAGUCCAUGAUGUACCAUGACAGCCCAUGCUCUGACGGCUACAUCUACAUUCCAUUGGCCUUCCUCAUCAUGCUUUACUUCAUUUACCUGGUGGAGUGCUGGCACUUCCACGCCAGAAACGAGCUUCAGUACAAGGUGAAUGUGGAGGGAAUUUAUGAAAGAGUCCAGAGGAUGCAGCAAGCCAAGCCUUGUAUCUGGUGGAAAGCCAUUAGCUACCACUACGUGCGACGGACACGCCAAGUUACACGGUACCGCAACGGAGACGCCUACACCACCACGCAAGUGUAUCACGAGAGAGUGAACACGCACGUGGCUGAGGCGGAAUACAAUUAUGGACACUGUGGUGUCAAUGAUGUCUCCAAGCAGCCAGCCGGUCUGGAAAAGUCAGCCAUCACCAAACUGAGGUUCACCAAGUGCUUUAGCUUUGCCAACGUGGAGUCUGAAAAUUCCUACUUGACCCAACGAGCGAGGUUCUUCACUGAUAACGAAGGUCUGGACGAUUACAUGGAGGCCCGGGAGGGGAUGCACCUAAAAAACGUAGACUUCAAAGAGUACAUGAUUGCCUUGUCCAACCCGGACCACCACCCUUGGUACAUCUCCAACUAUGUCUUCUGGAUGGCUGCCUUUCUCACCUUGUCCUGGCCCUUACGGGUGCUGACGGAGUACCGCACGGCUUAUGUCCACUACCGUGUGGAGAAGCUCUUUGGUGCAGACUACAUCCCUGUGACACCCUGCGACGAGAGACCCUACUGCAGACGCAUCCCGAGGGUCAACACCAUAGAUAGCACUGAACUGGAAUGGCACAUUCGCUCAAACCAGCAGGUGGUGCCCAGUUACUCCGAAGCGGGCUUGAUGGAUCUGGCACAGCGUUCAGGAGGUGUCAGGCAGAACUGUGAGCGCUGCCAUCAUGCAGUCAGCAGCUCGUCCGUAUUCUCCCGCAGUGCCCUCAACAUCUGCAAUGGCAGUCCAAGGAUCCCUUUCAGCGGAAGUCGCUUCUCCCUUGGCAGGUUGUACGGCUCCCGCCGCAGCUGUUUCUGGAGAAGUGGAAGCAGAAGCUUGGAUGAACCCGAGAGCCCAAGCGAGAACACACGAUGCCUGUCGGGGCGAAUCACCACUGACGAGGAAGACCCACCACCCUACCAGGAUGCGCUGUGCUUCCCGGUGCUUAUUGUCCACUGUAGUGAAAGCUGCCCCAACCACCGGUCCUUCCACAGGAAUAGCUCGUGCGUAGAAACAUCUUUAUGAUCGAUCCUCAACCGGUGAUUCUCAUGGAACCUGUCGAGAAAACGUGAUGGUGCCAUUUAACUCCAAAAUCAACGAGAUAUUGUGACGGCGGCUGUGGCUCAGGUGGUAGAGCGGGUCGGACACUAAUCGCAGGGAUGUUGGUUCGAUUCCCGGCCCACACGACUCCACAUGCCGAAGUGUCCUUGGGCAAGACACUGAACCCCAAGUUGUGCCCAAUGGCAGGCUAGCACCUUGCAUGGCAGCUCUGCCAUCAUUGGUGUGUUUGAAUACCGCUAAGGUUAAAAAGGCGCUAUACAAGUGCAGACCAUUUACCAUUAUUUUCAUGAGAGUUUCACGCACAUUUUACCCACCAGUUCUCAUUACGCGAAAAGAGUCAACAUGUAAAAUAUGAUUUAAAUGAUAUUGCAAGUGAUAUUUUGCAAUCAUUUUUGGAAUUGUUAUUGACUUCAAAACUGUUUAAUCACAAAAACGAAUGGAACAUUUCAGAAAUAAGUCCAAUGCAUAUUUAUAGCAAUAACGAAAACAAAGCACUGGGAUUCUUGGUUUAACCGUUUUCACUAACUGGCCACAUCGGAGAUCCGAGCGCUCACAUGCUGUGUGUAUAUUCUUGUUAGCUAUAUACAAAAGCUAUACAUCUGCAGAGCAAAAACAUGGGCGUUUUUACUACAAAUGUGACCAACUUCUACUGUUACACAAUGUUUGUUUCCUUUUUACUGAUAAAUGUUGCACUUGAAGUUGCAUCAGUCAAAUCAUUUGUAAAAUAGUUGUUCUGUAAUGUAAAAAUCAUUAGUGUAAUGUUUGGUUCGCAUUCAUGUAUGAUGACUCAUUUGUCUAAAUGGAAAGUAUUGUGGGUUGUUUGUACUUUUAAUGUGAUGUAACUGGUAUCAGGCAGAACUAUGUGCUGUUAUGAACUACAAUGGCGAUGUUGAGUAUCUCAAACUAUUAAGGAAACCAUAUGACACAUUUCAGGCUAUGCAACUAUUAACCUCGGGUAUGUUAUGCCUUUAAAAUAUAUAUACAAUUUAAAAUGGAAUAUAUGUAGUCUACAAACUGUCAAGGACUUUUUUUUAUGACUUCCACAGAAACAUGAACCAGGUUGAGAAUCAGUGAAUGUUUUAAGUGUAAGUUUAAAGGGAAU